AUGGCAGGGUUAAUCUCCAAAGACGAUGUUUCCAAAGAACUGAAAAAGUCUAGAAUUAUUCGUGAUAAUGUUGAUCUACAAAGUAUCUGUAAUACAUUAGAAGAAUCGACAAACCCAUUCAGCAUUUCAUUUGAGAAGGAUACGCUUUAUAAUAUUGGGACUGGUAAAGAUGCAAAUAUGAACAGGAAGGAAUAUCUGCUAAUUGCAAUGACCAAAUUAAAAACUGCCUUCAUUGAUGAAUGUAAAAAAGAAAAUGAAAGGUUUAACCAGACAAUACAUAAACAGAAAAUAAAUAAUUUUGAAGCGGAGGGCGUUGAAGUUAAGAUACGUACCAAAGACAAUAAAGUUAAAGAACUUGGACUCACUUGUGGAAUAUUUGGUCGAAUGUGUUUUUACAUAGAUGGAGUCAUGAUUAAGACUGACAAGUCUCAGUUGCUAAGACAUCUCAAAAGAUUUAUUCAAAGAGAAGAAAUGCCCCAAGAACUCUAUAAUGUGAUUGAUGCUAUGUUCCUGUUACAUACACUACCUGAAACGUAUAGAAGUUAUCAAAGUAUAUUUUGA